ACUUCCUAAGUUCCUAUUUCUGAUUUCCUUCCCAUUAAAAUCCAAACACACACUCAAACAGAUCACAAUUCCUAUAUAGAUCCAGAAUCACCUUUUUAAACAAAUAUCAUCCCUAUAAAAAUCUCCUCUACACAAUCUCUCAAAUUCCUAAUUCCCAAACAAUUCCUUCCAUCAAAUCCGCAUUUUCUCUCUCCUCUAAACCCCGACGCCAUGGACGAGGAGAAGGCGGACCCUAUUUCAACUCCACACCGUGAAGUUUCGGCAUUAGACGCCGGCGACGCAAACGCAUCGGUAGAAAAGCUGUUCUCGGGGAAGGUUGUUCCGCCAUGGCAGAGACAGCUAACAUUAAGAGCUUUUGUGGUUAGCUUAAUAUUAAGCGUUCUUUUUACCUUCAUUGUUAUGAAGCUUAAUCUUACAACUGGAGUUAUUCCUUCUCUCAGUGUUUCUGCCGGAUUAUUGGGAUUUUUCUUUGUUAAAACUUGGACGAAAAUUCUCGAUGGUUUUGGAAUUCUUAAACAGCCGUUUACUCGUCAGGAAAAUACUGUUAUUCAGACUUGCGUUGUUGCCUCCGCCGGGAUAGCGUUUUCCGGUGGUUUUGGUAGUUACAUUUUUGGCAUGAGCGAAAAGAUUGCCAAGCUCGGAGACAAAGCCUUUCAUCAGGAUAUCAGCAAUCCACAUCUUGGAAAGUUGAUCGGAUUUCUUUUUGUUGUUAGCUUUCUCGGCCUGUUUUCAGUUGUCCCUCUGCGGAAGAUUAUGAUUAUUGACUUCAAGCUUAUUUAUCCUAGUGGGACUGCUACCGCCUAUCUUAUCAAUAGUUUGCACACACCAAAGGGUGCCAAAUUAGCCAAGAAGCAAGUAAAGGCAUUAGGCAAGUUUUUCUCGUUCAGCUUCUUGUGGGCUUUCUUUCAAUGGUUUUUCACUGGAGGUGACAACUGUGGGUUUGUAAAUUUUCCAACUUUUGGUUUGAAAGCCUUUGAGAACAGGUUUUACUUUGAUUUCUCUGCAACUUAUGUUGGUGUUGGUAUGAUAUGCCCAUAUCUUAUCAAUGUAUCUUUGCUAUUUGGAGCAAUUUUAUCGUGGGGUAUCAUGUGGCCUCUUAUAGAAGCGAGGAAGGGUGAUUGGUAUGAUGCAAGCCUUGUUAAAACCAUGCAUGGUUUGCAAGGUUAUCAGAUAUUUAUAGCCAUAGCCAUCAUUCUCGGUGAUGGAUUGUACAACUUCGUCAAAGUGUUUGGGCAAACAAUUCUCGGUUUAUAUAGACAAUUCCAGGCAAAAAAAUCAGACAAUUUUACCCCUUCUGAUGAACACCCAGAUGAUGAAGUCUCUCCAUCACAGUCAUUUGACGAUCAACGAAGAACUCAAUAUUUCAUCAAGGACCAAAUCCCAAACUGGGUUGCCGUAGCUGGCUAUGUCACAAUUGCCACUGUAUCUAUCAUUACACUGCCUCACAUAUUCCAUAGUCUUAAGUGGUAUUAUAUUCUAGUCAUGUAUAUUAUUGCACCAAUGUUGGCCUUCUGUAAUGCCUACGGUUGCGGGCUCACUGACUGGUCCUUAGCUUCAACUUACGGAAAAUUGGCAAUCUUUAUGAUUGGUGCUUGGGCUGGAUCUUCUCAUGGUGGCAUUGUCGCUGGACUAGCAGCCUGCGGAGUCAUGAUGAACAUUGUUUCCACCGCCUCUGACCUUUCCCAGGACUUCAAAACUGGUUACCUGACACUAGCUUCUCCCCGGUCUAUGUUUGUGAGCCAAAUAAUAGGAACAGGAAUGGGUUGUAUAAUCUCUCCUUGUGUCUUCUGGCUUUUUUACAAGGCUUACCCUAAUCUUGGAGAACCAACAUCACAGUAUAAGGCACCAUAUGCUCUCAUCUACCGGAACAUUGCUGUUCUUGGGGUCGAGGGAUUUGGUUCAUUGCCUAAAAAUUGCCUCACUUUAUGCUUGAUAUUCUUCGUUGCUGCUAUGGCCAUUAAUGGGCUCCGAGACUCCGUGGGUAGCAAAUGGGCAAGAUUUAUACCAAUUCCAAUGGCUAUGGCUAUACCUUUCUACAUCGGAGGUUACUUUGCCAUCGACAUGUGUGUUGGUAGCUUGAUACUUUUUGUUUGGCAAUACCGUAAUAAAGCCAAUGCCGAUGCAUUUGGACCUGCAGUUGCUUCUGGGUUGAUUUGUGGGGACGGAAUAUGGACAUUGCCUAGUUCUAUACUUGCUUUGGCCGGUGUCAAUCCACCUCUCUGCAUGCAGGUGGUUCCUAGGCUUAAAGGUUAGAAAUAUAUGGUUUCUGUUAUGGAAAAUCCAAGGAAAUUCAUAUGUGCAAAGUGUUAAUGUAAUUGUAGAUUCUUGUAAGCUAAAUUCAACACAGCAUUGUUCAUGUUACCCCCUCUUUAUAGCUCAGUGUUGGAACAAACAACCAUAUAUACAUCAAUAUCUUUUUUGAUA